AUGACAUUUCCUGUUAGUGGUCGAUUCAAUAAGCUUCCAUUGUUCACCUCCAUACUGUCUUUCGCUUCGUGGUGUUCUUACACUGUCGGAAUGGUGGCGGCAUCGGCCGCCUUCGUCCAUUACGUCUCACCGCAAGCUAUUGGAUCUGGAAUUCCUGAAAUGAAGACGAUAAUACGUGGUGUAAUUCUCAAAGAUUAUUUAACAUUUCAAACACUAAUAUCAAAAGUAUUUGGAGUUGCGUUAUCUUUGGGAAGCGGAGUUCCUAUUGGCAAAAUGGCAAGUUUCCUUCUUUACGGAAAGACUCGGAAUAUGCAACUGUUUAGUGGACCAUUUGUGCACAUUGCUUCUGUUGUUGCAAACCAGCUAUCACGUCUUGCCUCAAUUUUCGACCCAGCAUUCGCAAGUGAAACAAGAAGAGCUGAGUGCCUAGCUGCUGCUUGCGCCGUGGGAGUUGCUUGCACGUUCAGUGCGCCAGUUGGGGGUUGGUUAGCAUUCUCCUUAUUAUCUGCUACAAAAGCGUUUAGGUAUCCUAGUGUUCAAAACUUGCAAUUGUAG